AACAAACCAGGAAACAGAUGUGUGUACACUUUGUGAGGAAUAUAGUGCCAAGGCACUUGAAUACCUAAAAGAAAAAACCCAGGGAGAGAUCAUGGAUUACCUUCACAAUACUUGCCACCAGCUGCAGUCCUUUGAACAGCAGUGCACCUCUUUGGUCGACUACUAUGCUCCCCUAUUCUUCUUAGAGCUGGAAUCAAUUCAGCCUGAAGAAUUCUGCGAAAAGGUCAAUCUCUGUGAGAAAAUUGCAAUUAUUUCUUCAAAAGUGCAACAAGAUAGCUGUGGAUUCUGCAAAGAAGCGGUAUCAGAAUUUAAUGGAAGUUUGGAGGAUCCUGACACUCAGCUGGAGAUAAUUGAGGCAUUUCUGAAGGUGUGCAAUUCCAUGGAGAAGUAUUCCAGGAAGUGCAAGAAGCUGGUAUUUGAGUAUGGACCAGUGAUCCUAAUGAAUGCAGAGAAGUUUCUGGAGACAAAAGAUAUAUGCACUGUGAUUCAUGCAUGCAAGGCAGCCACAGAGGAAAUCCCCUUGCUUUCCGACUCUUAAUUGCUUGAAGAUGAUCACACCACCUUCUAGCUCUGUAUUAUUUACAAACAAUCACUUGGUUGCUAUUUGAUUUUGCUGUUUCACUACUACUGCACCUGCUUCAAAUAUUCAAAAGCCUGUAUUUAUAUGUGCUUUAGGAGUCUGAUAUCUGCUAUAUACUCUUAAUAAUCGCUAUUGUCCAUAAAUGUUUUUUUUUUUAAUAUAAAUAUAGAUAUAGAUGUUUCUUUUCCUUGGA